CAAAACAAGAAAGAGAGAAGAUUGAAAUAACAUUUUCAAAACGCUAGAGAGAAGAGAGAGAGAGAGUGGGAAGAAACGGGAGGAGAGAGAGAGAGAGAGAGAGAGAGAGAGAGGAAAGAGGAAGAAAGGGGUUCUCCAACGUUUCCCUGAGCGAAAAACCCCUGUCUUCCUUCGCUUUGAAAUUCCUUGAAAACCGUUGAAAAUUCCCAGUUUGCUUAGCAAGCACAGGCAGAGAGAGAUCUACUCGAUUUCUCAAUCUUUAGGGUUUCGAUCCGAUCCGAAGCUCUUUUGGUUUCUCUCUGCUCUGCUUGGACAACUAAGAAUUUCGGAUCGCUGUUUUUUUUGAAUACUUUGCUCGAUGGAAGCAAUUGAGGAGUUGUCGCAGCUCUCCGAUUCGAUGCGUCAAGCUUCUGCUCUGCUUGCUGACGAAGAUGUUGAUGAGAAUUCCAGUUCGAGCGGUUCCUCUCGACGUGUCUCUACUUUCCUAAAUGUUGUCGUUCUCGGCAAUGUUGGUGCCGGUAAAUCAGCAGUUUUGAACAGUCUAAUUGGACAUCCUGUUUUGCCAACUGGUGAAAAUGGUGCAACUCGGGCUCCCAUAAGCAUUGAUUUACAGAGGGAUGGUUCGUUGAGCAGCAAAUCAAUUAUAUUGCAGAUAGAUAAUAAAUCUCAGCAAGUUUCUGCGAGCGCUUUACGGCAUUCUCUUCAAGAUAGGCUGAGCAAGAGUUCCUCAGGAAAGAGCCGAGAUGAAAUAUAUUUAAAACUACGCACAAGUACAGCACCUCCCCUCAAAUUGAUUGAUUUACCUGGGCUAGAUCAGCGGAUUGUGGAUGAAUCAAUGGUUAGUGAAUAUGCUGAACACAAUGAUGCAAUCUUGCUAAUUAUCAUCCCUGCUGCACAAGCACCUGAAGUCGCUUCAUCUCGAGCACUCAGAAUUGCCAAGGAGUAUGAUGGAGAUGGUACAAGAACUAUUGGUGUGAUUAGUAAAAUAGAUCAAGCUGCUUCAGACCAGAAAGCUCUUGCUGCAGUCCAGGCUCUUUUAUUAAAUCAGGGUCCAUCAAGAGCAUCUGAUAUCCAAUGGAUUGCUCUAAUUGGCCAAUCAGUUUCGAUAGCUUCAGCACAAUCUGGAUCUGUUGGUUCUGAGAGUUCCUUGGAAACAGCAUGGAGGGCCGAGAAUGAAAGUCUCAAGUCCAUUCUGACUGGAGCUCCUCAAAGCAAGCUGGGAAGAAUAGCAUUGGUGGAUGCUCUAGCUCAGCAGAUUCGUAAUCGUAUGAAAAUCCGGCUCCCAAACCUCCUCUCUGGGUUACAGGGUAAGUCUCAAAUUGUUCAAGAUGAGUUAGUGAGGCUUGGUGAGCAAAUGGUGCAAAGCGCUGAGGGCACCAGAGCAAUUGCUCUGGAACUUUGUCGUGAGUUUGAGGAUAAGUUUCUCCAACACAUCACAUCCGGAGAGGGUUCUGGAUGGAAAAUAGUUGCCAGUUUUGAAGGAAAUUUUCCUAAUAGAAUCAAGCAGCUUCCAUUAGACCGACAUUUUGAUAUCAACAAUGUUAAGAGGAUUGUUUUAGAAGCAGAUGGUUAUCAGCCAUAUCUCAUAUCGCCUGAAAAGGGUUUGAGAUCUUUAAUAAAGGGUGUCUUGGAACUUGCAAAAGAACCAUCACGCCUUUGUGUUGAUGAGGUACACCGUGUGUUGGUAGAUAUAGUGUCUGCAGCUGCAAAUGCUACCCCUGGUCUUGGCAGAUAUCCUCCUUUCAAGAGAGAGGUUGUGGCCAUUGCAAGUGCUGCGCUAGAUGGAUUUAAGAAUGAUGCGAAGAAAAUGGUGGUUGCAUUAGUUGAUAUGGAGCGAGCUUUUGUGCCUCCCCAGCACUUCAUUCGUUUAGUUCAAAGGAGGAUGGAGAGACAGCGCCGAGAGGAUGAACUCAAGAACCGAUCUUCAAAGAAAGGACAGGAGGCAGAGCAAUCGAUACUUAACCGGGCUAGUAGUCCUCAAACAGGUGGUCAACAAACUGGUGGAAGUUUGAAGUCAUUGAAGGACAAAUCUGACAAAGCUGAGAAAGAAUUACCAGAGGCUUCUGGUUUGAAGACUGCUGGUGCUGAAGGAGAAAUAACAGCAGGUUUUCUUUUAAAGAAAAGUGCAAAAACUAAUGGAUGGAGCAGGCGAUGGUUCGUUUUGAAUGAAAAGACUGGGAAGCUUGGUUACACCAAGAAACAAGAGGAAAGACAUUUCCGCGGUGUCAUCAGUUUGGAGGAAUGUAAUAUCGAAGAGGUUUCGGAUGAGGAAGAUCCUCCAUCAAAGAGUUCAAAGGACAAGAAGGCUAAUGGGCCAGAUUCUGGAAAAGCAACCAGUCUUGUCUUUAAAAUCACUAGCAAGGUUGCAUAUAAAACUGUGUUGAAAGCACACAGUGCCGUUGUUUUGAAGGCUGAAAGUAUGACCGACAAGAAUGAGUGGAUAAGUAAGAUAAGAAAUGUUAUUCAACCUUCUAAAGGAGGAAAGGGUGCAUCCACUGAAGGUGGUGUUACCUUACGGCAAAGUCAUUCUGAUGGUUCUCUUGAUACAAUGGCUCGUAGACCUGCUGAUCCUGAAGAAGAACUCAGGUGGAUGUCACAAGAAGUACGUGGUUAUGUUGAGGCAGUUUUGAACAGUUUGGCUGCUAAUGUCCCCAAGGCAGUUGUUCUUUGCCAAGUGGAGAAAGCAAAAGAAGAUAUGUUAAACCAGUUAUAUAGCUCUAUCAGUUCUCAAAGCACAGCAAGAAUCGAAGAGCUGCUUCAAGAAGAUCAGAAUGUCAAGCGUCGGAGGGAUCGCAUCCAAAGACAAUCAUCCCUCCUUUCCAAAUUAACACGUCAACUUAGUAUUCAUGAUAACCGUGCAUCUGCAGCCUCCAGCUGGUCUAAUGGUGGUGGAGCUGAAAGCAGCCCAAGAACACCUGGUCCAUCAGGUGGUGAUGACUGGAGAUCUGCAUUUGAUGCUGCUGCUAAUGGCCCCGUUGACUACUCCCCUAGAGACAAGCCUAGAUCCUCAUCCAAUGGUCACAGUCGACAUUACAGUGACCCUGCACAGAAUGGUGAUGUGAACAAUGGAUCAAACUCUGGAAGCCGUCGUAAUACUCCUAAUCGGUUGCCGCCUGCACCACCACAGUCUGGCUACAAAUAUUUCUAAAUGAGCGGACAGAUGACUAUCACUGCAUUCUUGGUGAGUGACCUGUUCAGCCCCACCGUGAUUUUUCUAGUAAAAUCAUUAGGGAAGAGAGAGAGAGAGAGAGGUGUGUACAUAAAAGAUUAAUAUAUAUAUAUCUGUGGUGAUUCUUUCAGGUUUUUUGAGUAAUUUUUUUUCAGUAUUUUUGAAAUUUUUGUAAAAUUUUUCAUUGAAUUUUCAUUUCCUUUACACGCUUCAAAAAUUUAAUGGACCAAUGCGUGAAAUAUAUAUGAUAUGCUAUUUUACCCA